AUGGCCAACAGACUAUCCAACCUCGCAAACCUUGCCAGAUCCUCGAUGACUGGAAACCGACAACCACCGGAACCAGAAGGGGGACCGACCCAAACGCAAGACGAAGACCAAGAAGCAGAGCAACCACCUAACCUUCAAGGAGGCGAAGAGGCGGGACAGCUAGAGAAAGGGAAGGCCAAGCCCUCGAAGAAGAAAAAGUCGGCGCACUUUCCAGCAGCAACAAACUGCUCGCUCUGA